CAGAUUUAUUUUAUAUUAUCUACCAAUCCCCACUCGCCAUGUACGGAGCAUUCUGCACUUCUGGAACGACCAUUGUAGCGAUCGCAAUGACAACCCCUCCUCCUCCGUACUCCAUCACCCACGCUCUCCAAGGCCACGGCGGCGCGGUCCGGGCCAUUGCUGACGUUCACGGCACGGUCGUGACCGGUGCAAUGGACGCAGCGGUUUUGUGCUGGGACCUCGCCACGAGCACCCCGGUGCAGUCGAUCUACGAGCAUUCGCACUGGGUCACAGCCAUCGUGUCGCUGAACGCCGCGCACGAAUCGUUGUUGUCGUCCGUGGGGUUUGCAACCGGUGGCAUGGACACGCAUGUGCGUGUCUUCACACGAGCGUCCGACGCACAGUUUGCUUGCGUGGCGGUGCUGCAAGGACACACGAGCGGCGUGAUUUCCCUCUCAUGGCUUCAGACCGACACCACUUCCCUCUUGCUCUCUGGCAGCUGGGACGGUACCUGCCGCGGAUGGGACGUCGCCACCCAGACCUGUCGCUUCGUGCUUCCCGACCACGAGAACGGUGUGUGCGUGCUCGGCCUUCCCAACGGCGUCGUCAUCACCGGGUCCACGGGAAAACAGCAGGGGAACCAGGUCGUCGAUGCCCGCAUUCGCAUGUGGCACCAAGUCUCGCCGUCCGCCUACGAGUUGACGCGGACCCUGACGGACCACCAAGGACCGGUGCGGCAACUCGUCCAAGUCGACGCGAUUGGGUUUGCGUCUUGUUCGAACGACGGAUCGAUUAAAGUCCGUGCUGCUGAUGAUGGCGCUGUGCUAGCCACGUGUCAACACCCAUUGAAUCACGAAGGCAAGCCGGGGUUCGUACUCGGUCUGGCGUACCUUCCGCACUCGCAGCACUUGGUCUCUGCCAGCGAAGACUGCACCGCCCGGGUGUGGAGAUUAGAUGGUACCCUUGUGCAGACAAUCGACCACCCGAGUGGAUUGUGGUGUGUCGUGGCUCUGCCAGGGGGUGCCUUUGCCACUGGCGCAGAAGAUAAACAAGUGCGCGUAUUCAGCUCAUCGCCGUCCCAUUUGAACGACGCGCUGGAGGCGGCGCUGGCCGCGCAAGUGGCGGAAGCCCACGUUCAAGCGGCACGCGGCCCAAGUGCGGUGGAAAUUGAAAAAUUGCCAGCGUAUGAGCAACGGGCGCGUCAAGUGGGCAAGUCGGAUGGGAUGGUGCAAAUGUUUCGGCGGGACAACGUCGCAUGGGCAUGUCAAUGGAGUGCGGUGUCUGCGACGUGGGUCGAUAUUGGCCAAGUGACUGGCACGGGCAGUGGGGGAGUUGUGGACGGCGACGCUUACGAUAUGGUGAUUCCCGUCGAGAUUGAAACGCCGUCGGGGGUGAAGAAGCUGUACGAAGGAUAUUUAUGAUUGGACAGAAACUCGGUUUUAUAGUCCAUUUUACCCAAAGAAAUCUUUAUCAAUAUCAUUAUGUAUUUAGUAAAUUGAUUAGUAAAUUCUAAAGCUACUUUUUUAAAUUGAUUUUCUAAUUCUUUAAUAUCGAUGGACUUUUGUGCUGAUUCGCCAA